AUGGUCAAGCCUUCGCCUCAAUUAUGCGCCCGCCUGCGCUUCACCACUAAGCAGGUUGGCCGUGGAUUCUACCGGGGAAAUCGAGCUGGUGCAAUGGGUGCUCACACCGAAUACGGUCGGUAUGUGAUUGACUGGCGGAAGACGGUGCAUUAUAACAUGCCCGAGAUGAAAGACUUUCCACUUACACCCUUCGUGACGAUGGAGAUGGAACCGAAAAGCAGAGCCGAAGAUCGCCCCGACGGGACGACGUACGUACCGGAUCGGGUCGAUGCGCUGGAAUUUCUGCGAACGUGGAAAAAAAUUAAUCCUCUCGAGUACGACGGCAUUGUCGCUCAUCAAGAAGAAGAGCGCCGACGCUUUGCGGCCGCAACAAUUGAGCAAAACCGCGAGGAGGCGCAGGAGCAGGCCCGGCAGGAGGCUCAGCAGGAGGCCCAACAGUGGGCCCGAGAACAAGGUCAACAGCAGACCAAGAAGCAGAUUCAGAAGCAAGUACAACAGCAGACACGAUCUCUCCACACCUCCAGGCGAUUGCGGACGCCGGCCCAGGCCCCUGUGGCCCCAGAACAGCCCGACCAACCCGUAAAGGAGUGGAGUCAAAUGUCCAGGGCGGAAAAGAAGGGCCUGGUCAAUCAAGCUACCACAUCGGAAUUACGCCAGCUCAAAAGAGAGCGCAAGGGCCACAAGAUCACCCAACAGGAGAAAAAGGAAACAAAGAAAGACAUCAAAGGGCGGCUACGACGAGAACUCAUCGGCGAAGGUAUAUUCCAGGACGAGAAGGAGCUUCAAAAACUUCUGACCGAAGAAGGCCGGCGGAGGAAGCGAGCCGGGCUGCCUCGUGCGACGGACGAAGAGAAGAGUCGGUUUCUAGAAGGUUUACAGCGCAAGCCCGAGUCAAGAGGGUUGUUCGACAGGAUAUUUGGUGGAGGAAAGCAGUGA